AUGGUAGCCACCGACCGCGUUUCCGCCAUCUUUGCCGACGCCCGCGCCGUUCACGCCGAUGCGCUGCGACUGCUGGAUGCCGGCGACAUCCGCGAUGCUGCGGAGAAGGCAUGGUGCGCCGCCAAGCGGGCCACCGACGCCCUCAUCCUGGCCCGCACGGACGAGGAGCCGCAAAUAUCCUCCGAUACGGCCAGAGGGCUGGUGAGGCUGGCUACGGAAGACCAGGUAUUCCGCGCUCUGCGCAGACGCUAUCAUUCCCGACAAAGCACGCUGCAUGGCGACUGCUUCUACUUGGGGCUCUGCGAGCCUGUUGACGAUACUGAACGCCGCAUCCGCCGGACCGCCGACUACAUCAACGAUGCCGAGCGAUUAGCUGGCUAUUCCAGCGCAACCUGA